AUGGACCCUAAAAACCCUUCACGAGAUUUGGAAGACCAGAUUUUUGGUGGAGGUGAUUCGGAUCUUUCGGAUGUUGAAGGUGAUGACCUUCAAAAUGCACCGCAGCCCUCAGCCCGUCAUCAAGACGAAGAUAGAGACGGAGAGUAUGAAGAUUCAGAUGGAGAAGAGGCUCAUUCACAACAUGCUCAUGAUGAAGAUUAUAAUGAAAUCAGUCAAACUCGACCAACUUCGACAUCUUUUCCUAAAUUCCGCAAGUCUUCAAAAGCCGCUGAUUCCUCUGAGAGGCGACCUCCAAAGGAAAAUAAGCAACGUCGACCGGCCGAAGCAGAUCAGCAUGUUGAUGAGCUUCAGCAGGAAGCCAUACCGAUUGACCCUGAAGAACUCCGAAGACAAGAGCUUUAUGACCAGAUUGAUCAAGCAGCUGGUAAAAAUAAGAAAAACAAAAAACGUAGACGAAAAGGAGGUGAUGAAGAUUUGGAAAUGAUGGCGGACGAAGAAGUGUCCAAGCUGAGAGCUAGGAUGUUGGGUGCGGUUAAUAUGGAUCUCGAAGCCAAUGAGGAACGUAGACCUGCAACGGCUAAGAUGAUGUUGUUACCACUCGUGACGGCCACUAUGCAAAAAUCUCACUUGGAGACUGCUAUACUUGAUAACGGAGUGCUCGAAGCGGUCAAGAAAUGGCUUGAACCACUUCCUGAUCGAUCACUUCCGGCGCUUAACAUUCAACGUUCUCUAUUGCAGCUGUUGAGUAAAAUGACUAUCGACACCCAAUCUUUGAAAUCAAGUGAACUUGGUAAAGUGAUUGUAUUCUACACCAAAUGUAAAAGGGUUGACCCCUCAAUCAAGCGUUUAGCCGACAACUUAUUCACGACCUGGCUCCGUCCUAUCAUCCGGCGACCGGCUUCUUACCGGUCUCGUGCACCCCUCCCAGUAUCAUCCCUACCAAACGCAGAUUCCAACAUCAUCAAUCGACCCACACCUUCAUCCCAAGCUCCAAAUCGAUCUCAACGAGCUCGAAUUCCAGAAACCAUUCAUCAAGCUUUCCAAUUUGCUCCAACAUCCACACUUGAUGCUAAUCCUCAAGGUGAUGAAGGAGGAUCACAAAAUCCUGCAUUUAAGAAAGGUAGUCAAAAGGCUACGGCAAAGAAGACACGUGAGUGGGCAAGGAAAAUGGUAGAUGCCAAGAAAGGUCAACGGAUGGGAUAA